ACUUUAAUUUUCUUGAGGAAGUGUACUACCGUCUACCGCUAGUAAGUACGGAGUACUACACCAAUUACCAAAACUCAACAUUAACAAACUCGAAAACUACCUACGACCAAACCUUGUAAAACUACCCACCAUCCUCCAUGACAACUCAACCAUCAAAACCAACCCAUAAUUCUCAACUCAAACCCGUUUCCCUGCACUUCCCACUUUCCGCCACCUCCGCCGCCGCCAACCGCCGCGUCGCCAUUGCCGUCGAUCUGAGCGACGAGAGUGCUUAUGCCGUCAAAUGGGCCGUACAGAACUACCUCCGCCCCGGAGACGCCGUCAUUCUCCUCCACGUCCGACCAACUUCCGUCCUCUACGGCGCAGACUGGGGCUUCUCCCCAAGUAACAAGCAACAAAAAAUAGAACAAGAUUACGAUAAUUUAACGAACACGAAAGCUACCCAAUUGGCCGUACCUCUAGUGGAAGCCAACGUGCCAUACAAAAUCCAUAUAGUGAAAGACCGUGAUAUGAAAGAAAGGCUUUGUUUGGAAGUGGAGAGGCUGGGAUUGAGUGCUAUGAUUAUGGGAAGCAGAGGAUUUGGGGCGACGAGUAGUGAAUUUGUUAGUAAAGGGAAACUUGGGAGUGUUAGUGAUUAUUGCGUUCACAAUUGUAUCUGUCCAGUGGUUGUAGUUAGGUACCCACAAGAAGAUGAGAAUGACGGCGGAGGAGUGGAGAAGAAGGCGGUGGUUGAGGCUGAGCUGCCACCUGUGCCGGAGGAGGAGGUAGAAUAUCAUGAUGCUGAUGAUGAGCUAACUAAAGGUGGUUGAUAUAUUGCUGUGAAGUAGAUGGUUAUCUACUUUUUAAAAGAAAAAAGAAGAAAAAGAAAAUGAAAAGCUUUUCCAUUUGAACAUUUCGUUGGAGCUUAGUUACAGACUCCGAAUAAUCAUGUAGUAAGGUCAGAUUUGAAAAAUAAGUGCCAGGGGACAGUCCUUUUGGAAGUCAUAGUGGUAUUUGUGAAGGACUGAUAGUAAACCAGUUUCCUUUAUCUUGAUUGAUUGGCUUCUCGAAAUAAACUAAUGAAAGAGGUACUAAUAAGACGUAUAAAUUCAGUUCGUUCCCUAAA